CUCUCAUAAUUCCACACGCCAUCAAACAAAGAACAAGAGCUUAAAACAUUAAACAGAGAGUUUCAAGUUUCAAAUAAAAUCAAUCUAAAGAUGAGUCCUAAGGCAUUGCAAGUUGUGAUCUUUCUCGGUUUCUUGGCCACUUCAUGUUUCUCUCAAGCUCCAGCCCCGGCACCAACCACCACCGUUUCUCCACCGACGUCGCUUCCUCCCAUGAAAGCAGAAACACCUUCUCCGGUUGCUUCACCACCGGUUCCAGUUAACGAGCCAACUCCAGCUCCAACCACCGCUCCAACUACUUCUCCAACAACAGCUCCGGUUGCUUCUCCUCCUCUAACAGAUGCUCCAGCCUCUGGUCCUUCCGCUGGAUUAACCCCUACUUUGGCUCCGGCUCCGGGACCAGACACCGGUGCUGAAGCUCCUGUAAGCGCCGCAUGGGCUAAUCAAGCUUUCCUUGUGGGAACAUUUGUUGCCGGAGCUCUAUACGCUGUCGCUUUGGUUUAGAGAGCUUUUGUGUUGAGCGGACCUUUGAUCCUCUGCUUUUCGAUUACUGUUUUAUUAAUUACUUAUUUUCGUUCGCAUGUGUAAUUUAUUAUUACUAUUUGUAUAAUUCUUGUUGUGAUGAGGAUGAACAUAGAGACGAUAUGAAUAUCCAUUUUAUAUAAAUUAAAAUUAUUCUUUCAAGUUACUA